GGAGCGCACGGGAGCACAUCAUUUGUCCAAACCGCCAGUUGACUCAAAUAUCGCGUUCUGACCACCUCAGUCAAACUCCGCCACAAAGUCUGUGAAACAGCCGCAUCUCCACGUCCGAGUCAUUUCUAUUUGCUCUUUUAAAAGGCCAUGCCACUGCUAUAGCCCGGCGCAUCAACCGUCGUCUCUGCCGUCGCUUCUCAACAUCCCCGAGCCUACCUUCCUACCAACGACAUGGCAGUGUGCGCCGCCGUCAGAACAGCCUUCCGCAGGCAGAUCCAGAACCUCGAAAAGUUCCGACAACGCCGACCACACUCCUCGAAAGUCAAUGGAGCGAAACCAAUUCAGAGCGCGCAGCAACAAGCUCCGAUCACACCGCCCGCGAAGAUCCAACCUCCGCCUCUCUGGCUCAGGCUCGGGCCGUUGACGAGAGCAGCUCAGGCGUACGGACGAACGCACCAGAAGCGCCCAUAUACGACACAGAUAUUGACCUCGCUGUUUAUCUUCCUGUGCGGCGACAUCUCGGCGCAAAGCAUUGGUGGGGACGAACAUGACUUCGGGCGGACGGCGCGAGCGCUAUUCAUCGGUGGAACAUCGUCGGUGCCAUCAUAUCUUUGGGUGGUUUACCUGUCGAACAGCUUCAACUUUGCGUCGCGAGCUCUCUCGAUAGCAGCGAGAGUUGUCGUUAACCAAAUCGUGUUUGCGCCACUGUUCAAUACGUACUUCUUUGGCACACAGGCUGUGUUGUCUGGGGCGUCGCCUUCCGAGAUAUGGGAGCGCCUUGUGAAGACUGUCCCACCGAGCAUCGCGAAUUCCGUCAAGCUAUGGCCGGCUGUUAUGGCCAUCAACUUCGCCUUCGUACCUCUGCCAUUCCGUUCCAUGUUCAGCGGGACUGUGGCGGUGGGCUGGCAAACGUAUCUGAGCUGGCUGAACAAGAAGGCCGAGGAGAGCAUCGCGGCGGAAGCAGAAGCAGCAGCAGUAGCAACAGUGGGGAAAGUAGAAGAGGUUGCUGCGUCGGCUAUGGCCAAAGCCGCGGCGUGA